CGGAACUUGUCAUGCUAAUUUGACACUGGUGACCGGAAAUACAAGUAAACCUGCUGCUAGCUCGUAGCUGUUUCACUCAUGGCUGCAAAAUAAGGUGUUUCCAGUGCUGAACCAUCACAAUGGCAGGUUCCCAGUGGGAACUCCCUCCAGAAUUAUGUUGUCGGCCCAUGGCCUUCGUGGCUUUAACUGGUCUGGAUGUUGUGUACAAUGCCGUGCACCGGGCUAUCUGGGACGCCUUCUGUGCCAACCGUCGUGCUGACAGAGUCCCCAUCUCUUUCAAAGUCCUCCCAGGAGACCACGAGUACCCCAAAUGUCGCACCAAGCGAACGUCCUAUGAGUGGUACAUCCCAAAAGGCAUCCUCAAAACAGGCUGGAUGAAUAAACAUCUGAACCUGGUACCAGCUCUGGUGGUCCUGUUCUACGAAUUGGACUGGGACGACCCACAGUGGAAAGAAAAGCAAUCUGAAUGUGCCACUAAAGUGGAGAUUGUCAGGACCAGUCUUCAGGGCAGGAAUACUAAAGUGGCUGUGGUUUUAAUCCAGAAGAAAACUCCUUUACCCCCAGGAGAGGACUUGGUGGCGUCAGAGAGAGCAGCAGCUCUUUGUAAUGCCUGUGACCUAUCGGGCAAGAGUCUCUUCGUACUGCCACACACCGACCACCUAGUUGGAUAUAUUAUCAGGCUAGAGAAUGCCUUCUAUGAACAUGCUCAGACAUACUACUACACCGAGAUCCGCCGUGUCAAAUCACACAAAGAAUUCCUCAACAAGACCACACACCAGCUGUUGUUUGUCAGACACCAGUUUAAAAUCGCCUUCUUCAGUGAACUGAAACAGGACACCCAGAACGCUCUCAAGUAUUACAGAACAGCAUACAGUCUUGUUCAUGAGCUGAGAGCCCAUGAGACCAACAUGUUGGAGAUCAAAACCAUGGCUGGAUUCAUCAACUAUAAGAUCUGUCGUCUGUGUUUCCAGCACAACACUCCUCUAGAUGCCAUUGCCCAGUUCAGGAAGCACAUUGACCUCUGUAAGAAGAAGAUCGGCAGUGCUGAAUUAGCCUUUGAGCACACAGCAUGGAUGUCUAAACAGUUCCAGUCAUUUGGUGAGCUGUUUGAUGAAGCUAUAAAGUUGGGUCUGACAGCCAUCCAGACCCAGAAUCCUGGUUUUUACUACCAGCAGGCUGCCUGUUACAGCCAGGACCGGAAGCUGCAGGCACAGCAGUUGUGUCAGAGUGGAGUGAGUUUGCCCACCCCUGAUCCUCUGGAAACCCCCACUGGAGGAUUGGACUUCUAUGGCCAGAGACCCUGGAGACAAGGACACCAGAGUAUUGAUCCUCCUGACCCCGAGAAGGAGAAGGCAGGAAUCUUGGCCUUGCAGAUUAAAGAAAGAGAUGUGCCACAUUCUGAGCUGAUCAUAGCACUCCUCAGUAAUGCUGUUGCCCAAUUUAAGAAGUACAAGUGUCCUCGUAUGAAGAGCCACCUCAUGGUGCAGAUGGGAGAGGAGUACUAUCAUGCUAAAGACUACACCAAAGCCCUCAAGCUGUUGGAUUAUGUGAUGUGUGAUUAUCGCACAGAGCGCUGGUGGGGUCUCUUGACAGCCAUACUGACUACGGCCCUACGCUGUGCUUAUCUGAUGGCCAAUGUAAAAGACUACAUCACAUACUCCAUGGAACUGCUGGGUAGAGCCUCUACCUUGCGAGAGGAGCAAAAGUCAAGAAUUGAGAAGAAUCUCAUUAAAGUUCUGAUGAACGAGGUUCCUGAUGCUGAGCCAGAGUGUGAUCCUAGUUCCUCCACUGCAGCUGCCUCGCUUUGGAACGAUCGCAUGGCUUUAGCUGGUUCCAAUGACUUCACCAUAGAAGUCCAGGACUACGUUCCAUUCAUCCAGUGUAAGGCCAGGUUCCAGUCUCCCAGUUUCCAUGUGGACCAGCCUAUCCAGCUCCAGGUUUUUGUCAGAGCUGACUGCCCUCAUCCUGUCAGGUUCAACAAGCUGGCGGUCAGCCUCAGUAACCAGGAGUACAACCAGUGGUGUGUGGUGGAGUCUUCGGGCCAGGAGAAUAUGUGCCUAUCGCCAGGGGCAACCAGAUGCUACAACUUCAGUUUUGUAGCCAAGACUGAAGAUGUUGGGAAGAAGAUAGAGAUGACUGGUAUAGAGGUGAUGCUGGGCAGCGAAACUGGCCGCUGUGUGUUUCUGAGCUGGAGAGGAGCGGGAGGAGAUGCCGCCUCUACCCACGAGGCCUUGCAGGCCAUCCGGUCGUUACGGCAUCGUGGGCGGGGCACUGAGGGACGCCAGGAACUUGACUGGGACAGCCUGACCAUACAGCACAGUACCAUGAUCAUCUCCAGAGUCCCAAAGAUCUCUGUUCAGCUGAGCCACCAGCCUCCUGCACUCAACAACGAAAUGUACUGCAUCAACUUCACCGUCCAAUCACAGGAGGAGGCUGUGGCCAGAGAUGUUAAGCUGACUGCCGGCCUCAAACCAGGGCAGGAAGCCAACUUAAGCCACACUACCUAUGUGACACUCAACAGCUCUAAAGUGUGUGAUGACAGUGACCCUGCACUGCUCCCUGAUAUACCUCUUGGAGAUCUAAACCCAGGAGAAAAGAUGGAGAGGUGUGUGUAUGUGAAGUGUGUGUCGACUGGACAAAGGGUCUUCUUGUUCCAUGUCGCUUACACUAUCGACACAACUGUGGAAGGACAACAGAUUAACUGCAAAUGCCACAAGGAUGAGACCGUUAAUAUAGAGACUGUGGUCCCAUUCGAGGUGUCUGUAAAGUUUGUGUCCACCAAGUUUGAGCCAUUAGAUCGGGUAGCAGUGGACAUCCCCUUCCUACUGAUGACUGACCUCCUCUCAUCAUCUCCCUGGCCCAUCCUCCUGGCCACGUCCUCUCUACAACUGGUUACCAUGACGAGCAAAACAGCUCAACUUCAUUCACAGCUGGAACAAGUGGUUUUGCAGACAGGCGAGUGUGCCAGCGAGUGUUUCUGUCUCCAGUGUCCACCAGUUGCCAACAGCAGUAACACAGUGGCAACGGGACAGUACCUGAUAUCGUGGAGGAGAGAGAACUCCAGUCCAGACAGUCCUCUGGUCCAGACUGCAGUUACUCUGCCUCAUGUCAUCCUGGAGACCGUCCCUCUGUACAUCCAUGCAGAACUGCCAUCAUUUGGACGAGUGCGAGAGUCUCUUCCGGUUCGGUAUCACAUAGAGAACAGAACGGCUCUGGUCCAGGAGGUGGAGAUGGCGGUCGAACCCUCUGAUGCCUUCAUGUUCUCUGGACUUAAACAGGUGCGUCUUCGUAUCCUGCCUGGUUCAGAGCAGCAGAUGCUGUAUAACUAUUACCCACUGAUGGCUGGUUAUCAAACACUACCACAGCUCAACAUCAGCCUGCCACGCUGCCCAACUACCAACACACACACACUGAGACGCUUCCUUCCCCAGCGCAUCUUUGUCAAGCCUCAGGGUCGACAGCUGGAUGACGCCUCCAUUGCUGCCGCUUGAGAACACAUUUUCUUACACAGUGUAGACACGAGAACCAGGUUACAUGGUAUCGGAUUUCUGAUGACUUUUCAACAGCAGUGCUCACUGAUUUGAAGCUGGUCCGUCAGCACCCUCCUACACUUACAUCCAUACAUAAUGUGUGGCAUAAAAAGUUUUUCCUUUCCCGUAUGACUUGACUAAGAGCUCCAAGACGACAUUAUUAACACAAUUUGUUUUGAAGUUGUUCUGUAAAGAGACACCAGGAAAAUGUUGGAUACUGCAAAUUACAUUUGAAUCUUCUGUUAAUUACAUUGAAAGUUGAGUAGUACUUGAGUGUGAUGAUACUCGUUAAAGCUGAAUGUCAUUAGAGUUUAAAUAACUGUACGUGAUGUAAGCUAUAAGUGAUACCUUGACAUUUUGGUUGAUGAAUAAUGAUUUUCACCCGGCACUUGUCACAAUAUGUAGAAACAGGUUUGUGUUAUCUGAAAAUGUAACUGUGGUAUCAACUGAAUAAGGAGCGGAACGCUAACAGUGCUACCAGGACGUUUUGGGUAAUCCUGACAAAUACUGUAAAGUACCUGUAAAAGAAACACAGAAGAAAAGAAAAAAAAAAAAGUUUAAAAUGCCAUCAUCAUGACCAAAGCACGAUGAGUUUGAUGGUAAUGAUAUUAAAGCUUGAUGAUAUUAUCA